AUGGAUUUCGCCGCUCUCAUGUCCAAGGAGAUCUCCAAGGCAAAAGCUCCCGAUGCCUCCAAGGCUUCCGGUGGAGAAAAACGCAAAGGCUCGCCGGCCGAGCCAACGAAAAAAUACCUGCGCCGAGGAGAAGUUGAAGCUGCGCGCAUUGCGGCCUACAAUGAGGACCAGGAGCGGUUACGGAAAGAGCGUGAAGAUCGCCUAGCCAACAAGCGCAAGCACGAGGAGGAGGAGGCGGAUCGCCGACGGGAGCGGGAAGAAAAGAAGCGCAGGCUCGCUGAGGAGUCGAAGAAGAAAAGAGAAGAGGAAGAGGAAGCCCAGGAACGUGAACGGCGGCGUAGACUCGGUCUGCCUGAACUGCCUUCAAAGAGUGACGAUAAUAGCCCGGGCCCCGAAGAUGGACAGGAAGAAGAUAUUGAGGAAGACGAGCUCAUCGAGAAGCUCAGAGAGCUGGAUGAGCCGGCACGACUGUUUGGCGAGAAUCAUCGCUCCCGACUUCGACGAUACCGCCGCCUUGUUCAGCGCGCCGCUUCGCAGCAAAAACUGACAGACGGACCGAUCCCAACCACCUUGGAACCUGUUUCUGGCGGGGAAAUGAUUAUUUCGGCCAAGAUUCCAAAGGAGCAAGACGGUCGAUUGUUUCUACUCCGCCAGCUGGCGUCUUAUUUCAACAUGGUACUUUCGGAAUGGGAGCUUGCUCUCGCGAAGCGCGACGUCACUGUGCGACAGAGCUUCCAGGGCAAGCAAGCGUACAAUGCGAUGUUGCAAUCUCGAGAAAACAUGAAGCCGCUGUACCGCCGACUCGAAAAAGCAGACCUCGAGGACGGACUUCUAGAGCCGAUCGUGGAGAUUGUUCACAAGGCACAGCAACGGAGAUACGUCGAUGCCAAUGACGCAUAUCUCCGGGUGAGCAUUGGAAAGGCUGCAUGGCCCAUCGGUGUGACCAUGGUUGGUAUUCACGAGCGAUCUGCGCGCGAAAAACUACACCAGAGUGACCAGCAGGCACAUAUUCUCAGUGAUGAAGCAACGCGCAAGUACCUGCAGAGCAUUAAGCGGUGCUUGACCUUUGCGCAGGUGCGCUGGCCCCCGGAGGAUCAGCUCCAGAUCAUGGGCUAG